GAGGCCAUUCACGACUCACGACGGUCGAAGGAGAACUCUCUUCACACUGCAGUUGUCAGAGCAGAGAGAGAGAGAGAGAGAGAGAGAGAGAAGAGAGAGCACAUUAGCGCUUUUUCUCUGAGGAGCUUCCCGAAUCCGGAAUUUCAUCGCUUUCAGAGAAUCCUCUUCGGAAUUUGGAUCUCUGUUCAACGACAUUUGUUUUCGUUAUUUGCUUUUUCAGAAGUUUAGAAAUCAGAUCUUUGUUUUGAAUCUCACGGAUUCGAAGAUUAUCUUCCUUUUGUUCCUUAAGAACAAACCUCAAGAUCCAUAUUCGCGCUUUGGAAAUUUCUAGUUUAUCGGAGCAGUUCAUUGACGUUUAUACUCUGAAUACGAUCCUUCGAAUCUUCCAAAACAAGACAUUCUGGACCUAGAGAGACUUCAGCACUAGUCGAAACAGGUAAAGAAAAAGGCCUUUUCGAGCGGAAGUAAAAUGAAAAAUUCAGUUUCGGAGCAGAAUUUCUACAUCGAGAGCGAUGAUGAAGACGUUGAAAAGGCGUCUGAAAAAGGGGGAGAUGAUGGUAAUGAUUCCGACUCUUCGGAUGCUUCAUCUGUGGAAAGCCACCAACAGAACCGGCCUAGUUCCUAUAAUACUUCAUGGCCACAAAGUUACAGGCAAUCCAUUGAUAUGUACAGUAGCAUUCCUUCUCCAAAUGUCGGGUUUCUAGGCACUCCAACAUUGUCGAGAUUAAGCAGCUCUUUCCUUUCAUCAUCCCUAACAAGGAGACACACUCCUGAAGUACUCUCCUCUGUAGUAAAGCCUUUGUUACACGCAGAUGACCAACAACAACAGCAGCGCAAGAGUUCUCAUGCUCUGCUUCCUCCUAUUCCCACAAAGAAGCCUCCAGGCAAAAAGAUUUCCCCUGACCAAAAAUCAUCCCAAGUCUUAGUCUCACACGAACUACCGGGGUCUCGACAAUGCUCUUAUGGACAAGCUGUGCUGAAUGGAAUAAACGUUCUGUGUGGGGUUGGAAUCCUUUCUACUCCCUAUGCAGCGAAGGAAGGCGGUUGGAUGGGCCUUUCCGUAUUGUUUAUCUUUGCGGUGCUCUCUUGGUAUACCGGAGUUCUCUUGCGCUACUGCUUAGACAGCGAACCUGAGCUCGAGACUUACCCAGACAUUGGCCAGGCCGCUUUUGGCACCAUGGGUCGUUUGGCUAUAUCUAUAAUUCUCUACGUGGAACUCUAUGCCUGUUGUGUUGAGUAUAUAAUUUUGGAAAGUGAUAACUUGUCAUCAUUGUUCCCAAAUGCACAUAUAAGCAUAGGUAGCGUUAUGUUGGAUUCCCACCAUCUUUUUGCAUUGAUGGCCACCCUUGCUGUUCUUCCUACUGUGUGGCUUCGGGACCUUAGUGUUCUCAGUUACAUUUCAGCUGGGGGAGUCGUUGCUUCUAUAUUGGUUGCUCUCUGCUUGUUCUGGGUGGGACUGGUGGAUCAAGUUGGCUUUCAGAACAAAGGGACUACGCUAAAUCUCUCAACCUUUCCAGUUGCAAUUGGCCUUUAUGGUUAUUGCUACUCAGGACAUGCUGUCUUCCCAAAUAUUUAUACUUCAAUGGCAAAACCAAACCAAUUUCCUUCUGUUCUCCUAACAACCUUUGGUCUCUGUACAUUGUUGUAUGCUGGAGUUGCUUUGAUGGGAUACAAAAUGUUUGGGGAGUCGAUACAGUCACAAUUCACUCUUAACUUGCCCCAUGAUUUAGUUGCAUCAAAGAUUGCUGUUUGGACUACGGUGGUUAACCCAUUCACUAAGUAUGCAUUAACCAUUACCCCUGUGGCUAUGAGUUUGGAAGAGCUGAUACCAUCCAACCAUCGUAAAUCUCACAUGUACGCAAUCCUCAUAAGGACAGCUUUGGUGAUCUCUACAUUGCUUGUGGGUCUCUCAAUCCCUUUCUUUGGUCUCGUGAUGGCACUGAUUGGAUCUUUGCUUACCAUGCUUGUGACUUUGAUACUUCCUUGCGCUUGCUUUUUGAGUAUCCUAAGGGGUAAAGUAACCCGAUUGCAGGUAUUAUUGUGCAUUUUGAUUAUCAUAGUAGGCGUUGUAUCAUCUGCCUUUGGGACAAUCUCAGCCAUCUCUAAAAUAAUAGAGAAUUUGAGCUGAAGCCACGGAGAUCCUCCGACCUGGAAAAUUCACCUGGAUUAUCUAUACAAACUUAUAAUGAUGUUUUAUUUUCCAUUUUGCUGUGAAUUUUGAAUGGUGAGGAAACAUUUUUUAUUGAAGGCUUUGAAAAUAGGUUAUUGAAAGAGUUGUUAUAAUAUCUUUUUUUAAUGAAAUCAAAUCUUAAUUAAUA